AUGGGAAAUGGCAUUGGUCGUGUGGAAGUUUUCCACAACGGACAAUGGGGAACAAUUUGCGAUGACAGUUGGGAUAUAAAUGAUGCUAGGGUUGUAUGUCGUCUUCUUGGAUAUACAGAUGGCGUUCGAGCACUUGGAGGAAGUAAUGUUCCAGAUGGUACAGGACAAAUAUGGUUAGAUGAUGUCGCUUGCAUCGGGACUGAACGAAGCCUGUCCAGUUGUUCUCAUAGCGGCUGGGGCAAUCAUAAUUGUGUGCACAGUGAAGACGCUGGAGUUGAAUGUUCAUCAACAG